AUGGCCUCUCUGUCACCUCACUUCAUCAAGCCGUGGCUCCCGAAAUCCCCCCCACCUGACUACCUCCUCACGAACGCGAAUGUUGUUGACCCUCUAACGGGAGACAUUAUACCGGACGCAACGAUCUUUCUCUCCGGAGGCGUCAUCAUCGCCGUCACGACCGAGCCCUUCUCCCAGGAAAACAAUGCAAUAAAGAUUGACGUGGCAGGCAAAUACGUCUGCCCAGGUCUCAUCGACGCCCACGUUCACAUCGGCGCGGCCCCAGGCGAAUCCGACUUUGGCAAGGUUAUGACCACGCCCGAGCAUCAAGCCAUGCUCCGCAUGACGUACGUGUGUCGCUCUAUGCUCUCACGGGGAUUCACUACCGUACGCGACUGCGGCGGUGCUCCUUAUGCGCUGAAACAAGCCGUAGAGGAAUGGCUCGUUCCUGGCCCGAGGCUCUUCCUAUCGGGGCACGCGUUAAGUCAAACCGGCGGCCAUGGGGAUUUCCGCUCGCCACAUGAUCACUGCGACUGCGCCUCUGGAUUUGUGUCCGGUUUGGGGAGAAUCUGCGACGGGGUUCCCGCCUGUCUUGCUACCGCACGAGAUGAGAUUCGUCGCGGUGCAGAUUUCCUCAAGAUUAUGGGCAGUGGAGGCGUCGUAAGCCCGACUGAUCGAUUGGACGGGAACCAGUUCAGCCCAGAAGAGAUUCGCGCUAUGGUGCUUGUGGCAACGAAUUCAAGGACAUAUGUUACGUGCCACGCAUACUCUCCCGAGUCAAUUCGGAUUGCGGUUGAGAACGGCGUGAAGGGAAUCGAGCACGGGAACCUGCUGGAUGAACCUACUGCGAAACUAAUGGCGGAGAAGGGCUGUUUCCUCACGCCGACUCUCGUAACGUAUCAGACGUUAGCCGAUCCCGCGUUGCCACAGUUCUUAACAGGCGAAUCUCAGACAAAGAACAAAAGGGUACUGGAGAUGGGGAUGAAAGCACUGAAGAUUGCGAAGGAGGCGGGUGUCACGUUGUGUUAUGGAUCCGAUUUGCUAGGCCCUCUCGGGACAUAUCAGCUUCGGGAGUUCAGCAUUCGGAGCGAGGUGCUUUCACCGUUGGAUAUUCUAAAGAGCACGACGGUCAACCCGGCUCGAAUGAUGGGAGAGGCGGAAAGUUUGGGACAAGUGAAGACUGGUUUCCGGGCCGAUAUUCUCAUAUUGAACAAGAACCCUUUAGAGGAUAUCACCUUGUUUGAGCGGGAGAGUGAGGUUCUGGCCGUAAUCAAGGAGGGAAGAAAUAGCAGCAAUGGUGAGGCGGUCGUCGGCAUUGCGGCUCCUUCACCGCAUGACUCCUUGAAUUUUGAGAGUAUUCCGGGGGGGUCGAGUCGUGAGAAGCUGUGGAGAAGAAGCCGUGGAAAAGAAAAGAAAAAAGAAAAGAAGAAGAAGAAAAAAAGGGGAGGAUACCUGACUGGUUCCUCGUCGUCAGCGUGGGUUAUUACUUGCGACGACUGCCGGAGGCUGAAGGAGAAAUGCCAAGGUGGCGAGCCUUGCUCUCGAUGUACCCGCUCAGGGCGUCCCUGCAGCUUCACCGGCAGCUUCAGGUCGAACCGACCAAGAUACCGGGAACCUGGGGGAGAUGAUAAUACCUUCUUCGACGUUGAAAGGAUUCGAACUCUGGAGCGGAUUGUAUCACAUUUUACCGGCACAAAGGAGUUUGACAAGAAGCAACUCACGCGGCUCUUAACCUCCCUUACUCCUGGAUCGGAUCUACAACGAAGAUCUCUCGGGCAAGGUCGCACACCGAGUAGGACGGAGAUAAGCAGUGAGGAUAAGGAGACCAGCCCAUCUACCACCUCGAAGACUCCAGCUUUAUACUCCGGAGAGCUCUCCCAUUCCGAUUUCACUCUGCGCCUCCAACAAAACAUUGAGAGUCGGCUAAAUGAUUUUCUUCCAGACGAUCACCCAGAACGGUUCACUGUUGUCGCAGAAUCCCCAUCCGCGACCCAACUCCACUCGAAGGACCUUGUUGUUCUCGGUGCUGUUAGCAAUUUCCCCCCUCCUGAUGUGGCUUCCUUUCUACUAGAUGCUUUUUUCGAAUUCGCACAGACAAAUUACUCUUAUGUCGAUGAACCACUGCUUCGUGGAAAGCUCAACGACUUUUACUCUUCGUCUUCCCCUUCCCAUCUGAGCAUCAAUGAUGCAUCUUGGGUAUGCACCGUACUCAUGAUAUUUGCAAUCGGAACACAGUUCUGCCAUCUUUGCUCUACUACUUCGGAUGACCCAUUUUCCCCUGGGCCAGUAGACCGGGAAAUGGCACACACGGAGGAUGAUGCCAUCGCGCUCAAGUUCUACCACCAGGCUUCAAAGCUCAUACCAGAUGUAAUCGCCCAUGCCUCUAUUGAGAGCGUCCAGGCUUUUGAGCUACUUGCCGUGUAUACUCUUCCGAUUGAUGCUGCGGGGUUGAGUUGCACAUAUCUAGGGAUUGCUAUUAAGAUUGCAACACAGAACGGGAUGCACCUUCGGUACCAUAAACACCUCGAGCCACGGGAGGUGGAGUUGAGGAAAAGAAUAUGGUGGACAGCUUAUACAUUAGAAAGGGAUGCGAUCGUGUCCUUCAAGAGAGCCUCCGGGAAACAAAAACCAGAGAUAAUCCAAUCAGUAGUGAACCUCAAACAGCAGCUUCGCACCUACUGGCAAAGCCUCCCUACGGAAACCUUCUGCCGGGAUUUAACGCCCACAAAACCUUUAUUCCGAUUCAACAUCCAUCUUCAACUAACAUUUCACCUCAUUCACAUCUUUAUUGGUCGCUCCUUCAUCCUCAAAGGCUCCUCUCUAGCCGAUAUUUUGGAGAAUGAUCCCACGACAGCAGUGGUCUUAAAAGGAACCAUCGACGACCUUGUAAAUGACUGUAUCUACAGUGCUAUCGCUGUUAUCGACCUCUGCCAAACUCUUGACGACGAGAUCGGCCUUGCUAGGACAUCUUACACCGAGUUCACGUCUUGCUGUGCUGCUUUACUCGCAGUUCUCGCACAGCGCAUUUCUACACAAAGUCCACGCCUCCAGCACACCUGCGAUAAAGGGAUUAAGCUCCUCAAGAAGUGGUCUAUAGGAAUUUUUUCCAACAACUCUGAGAAACUGACUAUCGUGGCCCUGGAAAUGGCUAUCCAUCGACUUGAUGUCCGGGCAAGGAGAGAACAGCAUCUUGCGAGCGAGGUAGGCGGCACGAACAGCCAGGCAUACUCCAGGUUUAGGACCUGGGCUAUGAAUCGGCAUAGUGAGGCGAAGGAGAGGGAGAUGUCUCUUCGGACACGGCAGACCAGCGGUACCGAAACCGAGAUUGGACGCGCGCCCCAAAUGACUCCCGACUCAAGCCUGGAGAUGUUCCCGAAUUCGGCCUCCCUAGAACUAAAUCAACAGCUGCGCGUCCUUUACGAGGUGUGA